CACCGCAGGAUUCCGUCGUUAUCCAGAAAGUAUGGCCGCUAGGAUGUGGCUUCGUUGUCUUUUCGGCCCUCACCUGCACAGAAUUCAUCACCACCCGUUCCCGUAUUGGCCCUAUGAUCGAGUAGUAUGGACGGGAUGGAACUACCAGCCGGGGAGCUUGGAGAAGCACGCAGACAAAAUUCUUGGCUGUGCUUCAGCUGCCUGGUAUCUGUGCUACUAUAGCUCUCCCUUAUUGCUGUGCUUUCUGUAUGGAAAAGGCUACAUCUGCAGUGCGAGUCAGUAUGUGGCGACGACGCUGCUGUGUCUUCUCGGCGUGGCGUGUCUUCGAGGCUUGGGAAGAUUGAAGAACGCUGAGUAUCUUGAGUUCCUUUGCAUUUUGGACGAGGCAAUGAAGAAUCAGUCGCCUGACAACAAGAAGAAGUUGCGCUGCUACAACUUUGACUUCUCUUACUGGCCUGUAGAUUUCAGCUGGACCGAAGUCAGCAACCCGAAGUCAACGAAGCCCAGCGUCUCCCUGCUGAAGCACCAGCCCCAAGCGGACACCGGGCUGCACUCCUUGCGAUCUUUUGCCUACCACGUCGUCAGUUACCUCAUGGUGCACACCUUCGGGAGGAGGAUGCUGUACCCAGGCUCGGUGGGACUGCUGCAGAAAGCCAUGAGGCCCAUGCUGGAGGAAGGCCAGGCCAAGCUGGUCGAGAAGUUUGACGGCCAGAGAAACAAGCUGCUGGCCUGCGACGGUAACCAGAUUGACACAAUGUUUGUGGACCGUAGGGACAAACAAACAGACAGAGUCAAGGCCCAAACGCUGGUCAUCUGUUGCGAGGGCAACGCCGGCUUCUACGAGGUGGGGUGCAUGUACACCCCGCUGGAGGACGGCUACUCCGUACUGGGCUGGAACCAUCCAGGCUUCGGAGGCAGCACCGGGGUGCCCCUCCCUCAGAAUGAGGCCAACGCCAUGGACGCCGUCAUCCAGUUCGCCGUGCACAAACUGCGGUUUCCCCUGUGUAACAUUGUCAUUUAUGCCUGGUCCAUAGGCGGGUUCACAGCAAGUUGGGCGGCGAUGUCCUACCCCGAGAUCCAAUCGGUAGUGCUGGACGCCACUUUCGAUGACCUUCUACCUUUGGCCCUCAAGGCCAUGCCUGGAAGCUGGUGCCCACUGGUGCAGUACGCGGUGCGACAGUACCUCAACCUCAACGUUUCCGAGCAGCUUCUCAAAUACCAGGGGCCUGUGCUGCUUGUGCGGAGGAGCAGAGAUGAGAUCAUGGCCACACGUCCCAUGCCGAACUUCAAUUUUGAGCACAUCGUGUCCAACCGAGGAAACGACCUCGUGCUCAAUCUGCUGACUUUCAGGUAUCCCAAAAUAAUGACCUAUGAAGCGGUCACCGUGGUCAAAGAUUGGCUGACUUGCGGCAGUCCCGAAUUGGCAGCAACGGUGUACAACGGCUACAAAGUGGACGACAACUGGUGCGACACUGUACUUGAGUCGUACCAUGUGCUCAAGGAGGUUGAGUUUCCCUGGAAUGUCGGUGAGGACUUGACCACAAAAGAGAAGCAACAUCUGGCUCUCUUCCUGGCUCGCAAGCAUGUGAGAAUCUUGGAUACGACACACUGCACACCGCUCCCCGCCUCCGAGUUUCAACCCCCGCGGGAGUGUUUUAGGAAAACGUACUAGGAAAAUGGCCUCACCCUCAGCACCAUGUCAUUUUGUUUUUUUUAAGUGUAGCACUAAACUAAGUUGUUUUAAGAAAUUUUCCACCCCCCUGCUUGGGAGAAGAAAAUCCUCCAUUCUGUUAUUCUGGACGUGUUAUCAAAUUGCUAAAUUUGCUGAAUAAAGUCUUUGAAUAAUCAAGGCAA